AUGACGGAAGCAACCAAGACACAUGUGCGCGGCUCUACUGAUGUAUUAGAUGAGGAUGAACUUCAGCACGGCGAUAGCAGUGACCAGGGGGAAUCUGAUGGAGGAACAGACGAUGGAGAAAGCGAUGGAGAAAAACUGGAUGACGGGAGUGAUGGGGCGGAAGCAGAGGAUGAAGGACAGGACGAUGAGGAGGGAGACGAGCUCAACCCCAAUGCUGGGUGGGCGGAGGCCAUGGCUAAGGUUCUGGGGAAGAAAACACCAGAGAGUCAACCUACCAUUCUGCUAAAAAACAAACAACUAGACAAGAUAAAGCAGAAAGAGAAACAGGAACAGCAGGAGAGAAAGAAUCAGGUGGAUAAGAAGCGAACAUGGGAGAUGAUGUGCAGAGAGAAACCGGAUGUGGUAAGAGACCGUGAAUCCGAAAGGAAUCUACAAAGAAUUGCUACCAGAGGGGUGGUCCAGCUCUUUAAUGCUGUAAGGAAACACCAAAAAACUAUGGAUGAGAAAGUGAAGGAGGUUGGUGGCUCAGAGAGAAAGAAGGCCAAAAUCCUCUCCACAGUUUCCAAGAAAGACUUCAUUGAUGUCCUAAGGAGAUCAGAGGCGGGUGCUGAUGUGGUCAUGAAGAGGGGAAAGCAGACUGCUGCCGGAGCAGAGGACAAGCCUGCUUGGAGUGUCCUUCAAGAAGAUUUUAUGAUGGGGGCUUCAAUGAAAGACUGGGACAAAGAAAGUGAGGAGGAGGAGGGUGAGCCAGAGUCACCAGGUGUGUAAUGAAUGGUAAGUCGUGCAGAGACUAUCCAUACUACAGUGACUGUGGACAUGUCACUAAACCCGCCCAACGAGGAAGGUGGAAGACCAUGGGAUCUGUCAGGGAGCUGGAGCUAAACUGUGCUAAACACCUAAUAAGGAGAAUGUGAUGAAAACUGUUCCUGUUCUUCCGUGCAGAAGUAGUUUUCCCCGGCUGAAACUCGAGGAAUUUGACAUGGCUCUGUGUUGAGGUUCCUCUAUCAAUUAUUUUUCAUAAUCUGCUGUUUUGUCUUUUUGGCUACAUUGAAACCGUGGCUAUUGAAUCACCUGUACGAGUUUUGUACCCACCAUCACUCUGUAAAUAUUUUGUUACCAAUUCUAGAUUUAAAUAAAAAGACAUGUCUUUUAGUUGCUAUGAUUGUUGGGAUGUUACAGGGU